AUGGCCGACGAAACGGCCGAAGUGCGGUCCCUGUUGAUGCGUCACCGGUUGUCGAUCGCGCGCGAUUUGAUCGGCACAAGCCUGCUGCAGGUGUUGCUGAAAGCCGGCGUCCUGACCGCCGCCCAGGAAAAGCAGCUGCACGGCGAACCCAGCCUGGAUGCACGCUGCGAUCAACUGAUCGAGCUGAUCGCACGCGAUGGGUUCGAAAAGUUCAAGCAGUUCUGCUACGCCAUCGAGUCCGAGUGCAGCCAGCUGAUUGCGGACCUGAUCAACGACAAACUUUCGCAACCGGACGAUGACGAUGAUGACGAGGACGACGAGAAACGCAAGGAGGUCGAUGAUGCCGCCAACGUCACGGCCAUCGUCACGACCUCCGGCGCCGGAGCAACCGUCGAGCCAAACCUCGAAGGGGCCCUCAAGGCCAGCGCAGCCAACGACAUCCUUCCCCCCGGAGUCACGCUCGACGAUUCGUCACUCAAGAACGGCAGGGACACGAUUGAUUCAAAUCGCUCACGAAGAAGCACCAGCUACUGUGGAACAUCCACUCCGACACCAAUGACGGUGCCGAUCAAUAAUGCUGCAUCGUCCCGUCGAUCGUCUCUCAUCUCAGCUACGGCUUCGGCUGCCAGCAGUCAACUGCAGCAGCCACCUCCUAUUCCACAGUUACCUUCGAAGGUGGUAGUCGGUGCAACUGGCCCUCGUCUCGAUCUCGGGGUUUGCGAGAGCAAGUUCGCUGUUUCGAACAACAAUUUUAAUAACUCUUCCAUGAGCAAUGGAAGCAGCAGCAGCAAUAACCAAAGCAACAACCUGCAGGGCAUUAGCGCUUCCGGCAGCUCAAGCACGAACGGAGUUCCCGAUGCUAGUGUGCUUAGUAGCAUACGACAGGCGCUGGGGCAAGGACAUAUUCCGCCGUCGAACAAGCGGCUGCAAAAGUCCAAAUCGGCCGCCUAUUCUUACUUUAACCCGAAACGGUUCAGUUCGCCGCCGUUCGGUGAAAUCACGGGAGGUACCACCGAUCGAAGGCUCAACCUAAAGAACAAAACUGCUAGCCUGUUCAGGAGCAAGUCGAAAAAGGAGCAACGAAUGUAUCGAUCCAUGAACGAGACGAUUGAGGUGCUAGCGGACCAGGUGGUUGAAGAUGAGAAGGUGGUGGAGCGGACGUCAUGGGACUAUAGCACGGUGACCCUUUCCCGUGUGACCGGCUACGGGUUUGGUAUAGCCGUGUCGGGAGGUCGAGACAAUCCACAUUUCGCGAACGGUGAUCCAUCAAUCGCUGUAAGCGACGUGCUGAAGAACGGUCCUGCCGAGGGUCAACUACAGGUAAACGAUCGCAUCAUUUCGGUGAAUGGCGUGUCGCUGGAGAAUGUAGAGUACGCCACGGCCGUGCAGGUGUUACGUGACAGUGGCAACACCGUGACACUGAUGGUGAAACGUCGAGUACCCAACCAUGGUCUGAUGCAUCCACUUCCGGGCGCAAACAUGCUUCCGAUGGCGGGUCCGGGAGUCGGAGGUCCUGCCGGACCGGCGGGUGGGAUGGGACCUGUACCGCCCGGUGUUGGAAUGAAUUCGCAUCAGCACCAGCACAGCCUCAGCUCGACCGGGUUGGGACUUAAUAAUGGAUCUCAGCAGCAAAUCAAAGUGAUCGUCACGAAGGCGAGCAAGAAGGACGAUUUCGGCAUCGUCCUUGGGUGCAGAUUGUUCAUACGGGAAAUAUCAUCCAAAACUAAAGAUCAACUCGCAGCCAACGGAUACUCGCUGCAGGAAGGAGAUCUGGUCACGCGCAUCCACAACACCAACUGCAACGAUGCGAUGAGUCUGAAGGAAGCCAAGAAGAUCAUCGACGGGUGUAAGGAGCGUCUGACACUUGCGGUCCUGCGAGAACCAAAUGGCAUCGGCGGAAGUUACGGAGGCGUUGGUGGAGCAGCAGGAACUGGUUCUGGAAUGCAAUCGCCCGUCUAUUCGCACACGGCGCAGGUCUCAAAUUGCAGCAACAUGGACGAUAGCUAUCUGAACGGACCGGGUGGCUCGUACUCGGGUCAGAACCUGUACGUGCAACCUCCAACGAGACCGUCCGCCAUGAGCACGCUUCUAGUUGACGACAAGAGCAACCUAACACCGCGAGGUCGUUCGAGAGGUCCUCUGACGGAUAUAUCACUGCAGCAGCUCGAUCGUCCCAGUACACCCCCGGGAACUUCGAGUCGUACCGCGGAUGGCGUAGGACAUUCCCGAUCGCGCAGUGUCGUAGACGAACCGCCAAGACCACCGCCUCCACGAGGUGAAGAUUUCUACGCCACGCGUCGCCAACUACUGGACGAGAAGCCACCGACUACCGAACCACGGUACAUCACAUUCCAGAAGGAGGGUUCGGUGGGCAUCCGGUUAACGGGAGGCAACGAGGUGGGCAUUUUUGUGACGGCCGUGCAACAGAACAGUCCCGCAUCGGCUCAGGGACUAGUGCCUGGGGAUAAAAUCCUGAAAGUGAACGAUAUGGACAUGAACGGCGUUACCAGAGAAGAAGCCGUCCUGUUCCUGCUCAGCCUGCAAGACCGCAUCGAUCUGAUCGUGCAGUACUGUAAGGAGGAGUUCGACAACAUCACCGCCCAACAGCGGGGCGAUUCGUUCCACAUCAAGACACACUUUCACUGUGACACACCGACGAAAGGCGAGCUCACGUUCAAGGCGGGUGAUGUGUUUCGGGUGAUAGACACGCUGUACAACGGUGUAGUGGGAGCCUGGCAAGUACUGCGCAUCGGACGUGGCCACCAGGAACUUCAGCGUGGCGUCAUACCCAACAAAGCCCGAGCGGAAGAACUAGCCACGGUUCAGUUCAACGCCAGCAAGAAAGAACUAAAUGCUUCCGAGUCGCGAGUUAGCUUCUUCCGAAGACGCCGCUCGACGCAUCGUCGCUCGAAGUCGUUGUCACGCGAAAACUGGGAUGACGUUGUGUUUUCGGACGCCAUCUCGAAGUUCCCGGCGUACGAGCGUGUGGUCCUGCGACAUCCGGGCUUCGUGCGGCCGGUCGUCAUCUUCGGACCGGUUGCGGACAUUGCGCGCGAUCGGUUAAUGAAGGACUUCGCCGAUAAGUACACCGCGCCGCUACAGGACGAUGACAAGGGUUCGUCUAAGUGUGGAGGCAUCGUUCGGUUGUCGAAUAUACGCGACAUCAUGGACCGGGGAAAGCACGCGUUGCUGGACGUGACGCCGAACGCGGUCGAUCGGUUGAACUACGCGCAGUUCUACCCGAUAGUGAUAUUUUUGAAGGCCGACACCAAGCACACGAUCAAGCAGAUGCGCCAGGGACUCCCGAAAUCGGCCCACAAAAGCAGCAAGAAGCUGUUUGAGCAGUGCCAAAAGCUGGAGCGAGUCUGGUCGCACGUCUUCAGCACGACGAUCAAUCUGAACGAUCCAGAUACCUGGUACCGGAAGCUGAGGGACUCCAUCGAUCAGCAGCAAAGCGGUGCCGUGUGGAUGUCGGAGACUAAGCCCGUAGAAUCCCUGUCCGACGAUUUCCUCUUCCCGAUGACCACCUCCCGUCUUUCCUACGCCUCGAGUCCAGAGUCGGAUCUGGAGCUGAGUCCGGGUCCGUCGGCGUCACUUUCAUUGGGCAACUUACCACAGCUGGUGAAAUCCAGCUCAGACCCAUCGAUUGCCACUAAUCAGGAUAACUUGGAAAGGGAUAGAGAACUCGGUGACGGAAUGCCACCACCAUACACGAAUCCUUACGAACAUGCGCCACACUCCCGCCGAAUGACCGUGGACAAUAAGUAUGGGUUCUCGUCAAGCAAAAACAAUGGUCCUGCGCCAAUGCCCGCCGAAGACGCUAUCUACGGAUCGUCUUCAUCCCGUCCGGCACCUCCAUUGCAGGGAUCAUCAAAUGGUUCCCAUUUCGGAACGGUUCCGGACCUACCGCCUCGCAUCGACAGGGCAUCGAAACCAGCAAACGCACCCGGCGCACCCAGCACGUCAGGAUCGUCAUUGCCGUCGCGAAACUCGAGCUCCGGUGGUACACUUGGACGAUCAGCUCAGGAGCGUCUCUUUGGCAAUGGCAAGCAAUCGUCGACGGAUGCGUUGCACGAUCCAACAUCUGCACAUGAUGAAUACAGCAGCCGAAAUCAGCUGCUAGGACUCGGACCAGGAGAUAAAAGACCCGCGCUUCCAUCGAUGGUGAACGGUGGAACGAUCGCUGCCGGCACCGGUAGCUCACUGGAGCGUAAUCCCAACGCAAACACGUCCUUGGAUCGAAGUGGAGGAAGCCGUUCUGCCGGUCAUCAUCAUCCUGCUUCGGUUGGCAGCAACACCAACACGCCAAGCAAAGCGAACGGAUCGUACGACAGCGUUUCUAGCUACGAUUCGUACAACACGUCGUCUCAGCUGACCGCACAGAAUAUGAGGUUAGGACCCAAUGCACCCGAUGAUCUGAAAUCGGUGCCAAAUACCCGUAAUGGAUCCCACCCGAUGUCGGCAAACCAAUCUGGCCUCUCGGAAUACGGACGCAAUCCAUCGUUAAACAACACCGCAUCCGACAUGUUGCUGACAACUGCCAGAAGCAACUAUAAUGGUGCUCCAGUGCAUGAAACACUAAACCAGCGGAACUCUGGUGAUCGUACCGGAGGUAACAUGAACAUGCCACAAAGACCGACCAACCUCGUGCUGGACAGCCCGAGAAAGCACAUGAUUGAAACGAAAACGGAUUACGGCAAAUACAGUCGGAAUAAUUCGGCCUCGCAAGCAGACUACUCGAAACCGAACAAAGGACCCGGAAUGAUUGGUUCUCCAGGACCACCUCCCGGUGCGAUGGGACCCAACGGAGCGAACGGAGCGCCAUUCAAGCCUGUGCCUCCACCUAAGCCCAAAAACUACAGGCCACCAAUCGGUGGAGGUUCAGGUAGCAAUGGAUCUGGAAUGCAUCAUUCCGGCCAAUGGGAUAGUGGGGAACCAAUCUCACCUCGCUCUCCUGACGGGUUCUAUUAUCCUCCGAUGGCAUCGUCACAUUACCACCAAGCCAUGGCCCAUAAUGUGCCCAGCUCACCGAACAACGGUGGCUCUCAUGCACCGCCAAUGCAUCCGUACAAUCCGUACGCGGUUGGAAACGGUGCUGCCGGCGGAAACGGAGGACCAAUGUACAACGGAAACGCCAAUGGUAGUCACUCGUACAUGAGCAAUGGUGUCAGGGACAUGGGGGCAAUGGGUGCAAGCAAUGGUUAUAACAACGGUAACGCACAGUACCCCUACGGCAAUACUUACAUGCAUAGAGGUAAUGGGGCUGGAACUCAUGGCAUAGGCAACAUGCCAGCACUACAUCCUUCCGAUCGACACGCACUCGACCUAGCCGGAAGCCGAGAGCAACGUGGAUCAGCUUUCGAGCUGUACCGCAAGCCUCAGUUGGGAACGGUGGUAGGGCACCAUCACAAUAUACGAGACAUGGAGCCGAUGAUGUCGAUCCAUGAGUUCAACCAGCACCAGCAGCAUCUGAUACACCAACAGCGAAUGCGCCAGUUGCAACAACAACCGUUGCCACCGAUACCAGGCCCAGCGCCUCGUGUGGGCUACGGAGGUGGUCAUGAUCCCUCGCUUCCACCGGAACUGCCGGCCAAACCGCCCAAGAAGAACAUACUAAAGUCGCCCCUGAAGGCUAUCAAGAACGCGUUCAUUAAAUCCACUCGCCCGUUACGGCGACAGGUGAGUCUGGUGGGAGACUCCGACAAGAAGUCCCUCAGACCGAUACUGAAACGGCAGCAUUCGAUGAUGGAACCACGAUCGUCACGAAUGUCGAACAUGCGUAGACCUGAUCAGCAGCAACAGCACUAUGAUCAACGUCAGAUGUAUGCACAGGAACAGCAGGCGUACUAUAACGAUCCGCGCUACGGGUCGUCGUACCAGGGACCGUACUCACCUCAACCGGUGCGUGGUUUUCAGCGGCAUGAGCCGUACUAUCCGAAAGAUGCGAACAGCACGUACCAGAACCUGGAACUGGAAUCGAUGUACGGAAGCAACGGAGCUCACGGUAGAUCGUAUUAUGAUCCCGAUCAGCCAGACGGCCAGGGAUACUACCCGCAGGCUGAGAAUCUGUACGCUAACCGAGCGCUAAUUGAGCUGGAACGUGGUAGAGGACCAUUAGGUCCAGGAGCGACCGUUAGCACGCUAGGACGAAGGAUUGUACGUCGUCACAGUAUGGCCGAUCGUACAGUUCCAUCACCGAGUUUUAGCCAGUUGAACCGACGACGAAUGGGAUCAGAAAGGGCACCACAUCACGCUCCGAUAACUGACCACCACCGGAUGGCGAUGGGCAACGCCAACGUUAGUCACAGUUCAGCACACGACGAGUCCAUCUACCAGAGUAAGAGUGGAUCUUACCUGUACAAUGAAGCCCGCGAGCACACGCGCAGGACGUUCGAGGAUCCUGUGUACCAGAGCCGGCGAGAGAUGCACCGAGAUCAUCUGUAUCAAAGCAAGAAACAGAUGCAGGAUCGCAUCCAACAGAGCAGGAUGGUCGAGAUGCAUCCACAAUCUCAACAGCAGCAACAACAACAGGCAGGAUCUUCGCCAGCCUCGGGUAAUGGCAGCAGUUCGAUGGGUGGUACAACUACGUCGGCGGCAAGCGAUCGAUUCAUGCGCAACCAAGGUCUUGCCGGAACUGCGAGUGGGUCCUGUUCUAGCUCACCGAACUCGCCCUCAAGCAGUUCAUGCAAGAGCGGGUACUCCUCAUCACGCAAUGGAGGUGAAAUGCGCGAAAGACGGUCGCAGAUGCGUGACCAGAUCUACCAAUCGCGCAAGGAGGCGAUGGAAUCGAUGGCAGAACCGGUGUAUGUGUCCCGGAGAGAGCUCAAACACGAACCAAUCUACGAAUCGAAGAAUGAACACGAUUCCGAACGAGUUACUGGACAGCAAGGAUGUGAUCCUCCGGUGGCUGCAAUGGAGCAGCUUAGUAUGACAACAAUCGACACACCGUCUGACUCUGUGCAACAGCAGGAUGUUGCUUGUGACACAACCGUUGUUGAAGGCGAGUCCGCAAGCGUUCCAGCAGUUGCGAAGGUUCACAAUCUAGGUGCUCCGUUGGCUGCCGAAGAAGAUGACGACGACGAAGAUGAGAUGGACGAAAAUGAACGGAGCGAAGAACGAACGCUUACCGUGAGCAAUCAGAAUGACUCCGGAUUCGAGAAGCAGACUUCAGCUGGUGGAAAUGGCCCCACAGCAACGUCCUCGCCCGUUCCCGUACCUCCGUUAGGGACCCCAAAAAGCGUCCGGGCAACGCAUUUGUCAAACUUUUUGAAACGAACCGCACCUCCAGUAAUGCCACCACCACCUCCACCAACAAACCGUCCACCUCGACCGGAAGCACCGGUGUAUGUCAGCCGGACAUCGAUCGAAACGCAGUACACAUCACAGGCCACAGGAUCGCAGAUGAGCCUUCCGAUAGGACCUCCGAACGCCACCAGUACACCGUUCGCGAGUGAACUUUCGCUUGGGUUGCCUCCACCGAGACAACCGAUUACUCGGCGUGGGCUGUUUGACGCUUCCGGCGGAAGCUUGGCCGAUCCGAUCUGGAACGUGUCGCUGCAUAUCCCGCCAGGAGCGAUCGCACCAGGCGUUCAGCAGGAGAUCUACUUCACCGUCACUGACCCGCGGUUGAGCGAGAGCGUCGGUGGGCCACCACUGGAUAUGGAGAAUGGUGAAACGAUGCUAUCACCGCUCGUAAUGUGUGGUCCUCAAGGAACUGAAUUCCUUAAGCCGGUUACGCUCAACAUACCACACUGUGCCGGACGCACAGCGUCCUUAGGGCUGUCCCUCAAAGCCACGGACAGCGAGAAGAAUCUGCAGACCGACUGGGAGGAUAUCGACCUGCCCAGCAACACGGCGGCCCAUACCGUUUCGGUGAAAGUGGACCAUUUUUAGGAAUGCAAGCGAUCGGAAACCGGAUGACCGGAAGCAGACUCUUAGCUUCUAGCAUCACAUUCGACAUAAGGAGUGGUCAACAUGUAUAGGUUACUUUUACUAGCGCGAUCUUGUGUCGAACGAACCCGGUGUGGCUGUCCGAGCCUAAUCGAUGAUUACCAUCACAAACCGUACCGAACAGUUGUGCCUUUUUUGUACUUGUUUUAUACUCGUUUUUUUUUUUCGAAGAAUUUGAUAUACUUUUAGUCGCGUAAGCAGAACGUCCACAACGUCACUAGGUUACGCCCCCCCAAAAUGGCGUCUACAAUGGCGCGCAUGAAGGAGCUCGCGUUUGAGGCGUGUUGUUUUACAAGCCGUAUUUAUAUCGCUUACCAGCGCAUCUUUGCCAUGUUUUAUUGCGCGCAGAAAAGCGGAAACACCCGAAACAGCAGUCUUCGCAGAUAUGUUAGCGUUGAGUUUGAGGACGCUGUGGAUGCAACGUGCAGCGAGAAGAGAUGUAAAUGAUGGCGCGUAGUUUUAGACGCCCAAGAGAUCGCGUAAGAGUGUUAUAAAGGACGACCACUUUUUUCUACUCCCAUUGCCGAGCGGUUUGCUUCUCUUUUUACGAUGGUGUGCGCCAGCGGCUUGCUAGUUGUAGCUUUGUAAAUAGUCAGAAAACAAGCUUGAAAGUGAGCGAAUCCCGUUUGCAUUCAAUCGCUCCAUCUUAUAACGUGCUGCAACCAUUUCCGGUGAAAGGAUACAAGUAGCUCAGCAUAGAUUAGCAUAAACGACACCACCUGUACAGCUCGGAGGAUUACAGAUGGCGACAACCAUGUGUGUGUGACGAGGUUGGAUGUCGCUUCUUCCACGAUGCGUAUUGUCAUAUCGUUCCGCGGCCAUUACAAAGGACUCGACGUGUUUUAAAUGCUCUGUUCUGUUGCCAUCGGUCAGCAACGAGGACACAUUCGCGAGCAGCGUCCUCGAAUAACGUUCCAGUCGAAGGGAACCGUUCAGCUUCAUACACCUAGUGCGUAGUAUAACUAUAUAGGGCGGAAAGUAUUUUUACACUAUUUCGGUACCAACAAAACGACGAUUCAUAAAACACAUAGGUAUGGUGUAUUUUUGUUUAUAAAAUAAAAUUUUAAAAUUAAUAC